GGGCUCGCCUCGGACAUGCGCCUGGGCUCCCGCGCCGCGGCGGGUGGGAGGCCGCGAGAGGCGGCGCGGCGUCCCGUUGCCAGGCGACGGCCGGGUCAGCUGACCGGGCGGCCCCGCCCCGAAGGCGCCGCGCUCGGGGAGGCGGGAGGCCGUGGCCGCUCCUGCGCGGUGGGGGGCGAGCGCGGAUUUGCCCCCGGGCCGGCUCAGGCGGGGGGUGCGGGAAGCCCACGCCCAGCUCCGCACGGCCGCCCGGCGCCCGGAGGCGCAGGGCAGACUCCACCUGCGCCCGGUCCUCCGGGAUGCUCCUGGGGAGAGCGGCAGGUGUCUGGCCCCGGGCGCUGCGGCCGCCUCUGCUCGGGACGGCGACCCCGGGGCGGGCCCGGCCCGGCGGCAGGACCUUGGCAGGCGCCGCGAUCCCCGCCGUCGGCGAGCCGGAGGGCAGCACGGGUAAGGCAGGAUAUCAGCCACAGUAUCCUCAGUGAGCCUCUCAAGCACUCAGAUUUCUUCAACGUCAAGGAGUUGUUUUCUGUGAGAAGUCUCUUCAACGCCCGGGUGCACCUGGGGCACAAAGCCGGCUGUCGGCACAGGUUUAUGGAGCCAUAUAUUUUUGGGAGCCGCCUGGGCCAGGACAUCAUCGACUUGGAACAGACGGCCGUGCACCUGCAGCUGGCAUUGAAUUUCACGGCCCAUGUGGCCUAUCGCAAGGGCAUCAUCUUGUUCGUGAGCCGCAACCGGCAGUUCUCACACCUGAUCGAGACCACGGCCCAGGACUGCGGCGAGUAUGCCCACACCCGCUACUUCAAGGGUGGCCUGCUGACCAACAGCUCUCUCCUCUUGGGCUCCAUGGUCCGCCUGCCGGACCUCAUCAUCUUCUUGCAUACACUCAACAAUGUCUUCGAGCCCCAUGUCGCUGUGAGAGAUGCGGCCAAGAUGCACAUUCCCACGGUGGGCAUCGUGGACACCAACUGCAACCCAUCCCUCAUCACAUACCCCAUCCCUGGCAAUGAUGACUCGCCCCCGGCUGUGCACCUCUUCUGCAGGCUCUUCCGGACCACCAUCAACCGGGCCAAGCAGAAGCGGAGGCAGAUCGAGGCCCUGUAUGAACUGCAGGGCAAGGAGGGGCCGGGGGCCAGGGGCCAGGGGCCAGCUGCCCCUCCUUCCCUGAAGGCUUAGACCAGACUGCGCCUGGGACACUCCUGGGGACCUACCUGCUCUGGUCCUGAAGUAGAGUGGCAGCCAACCCUGACCCUGAGCAGGAAGCCUCUUCCUGUGUCUGGCCGGGUCCUUAGCAGGUUCCCCAUUGCUCUAGGCAUGGAUUGGGUCCCUGCUCCUGGUCACCAUUUGGCAGCUGCCCCCUUCCCCCCCCACCCCCCAGGGCUCCACUUGAGACCUUUGGGGCCCAGCAGGCCCACGGAGGUCACGCAGCCUUUCCAGAGAGGACCCGGCAGGAAACACGCUUGUCUUGGACUCUGAAAAGCCUCACUCAUGCCUUGAAUCGGGUCCUUGUGCAUCGGAUGCUCCCAUGCCAGGUGACUUUUCGUUCCCUACCAAACUAUGCCAGGGCCGGGCUGCUUCCUCCACUUCACUGUUUCUGGAGCUGCUUUGUAACCUAAGGCUGCAGGGCAAGUCCCCCAGAGGAGCACACCAAGGUUGGAACGAACCAGCAAAGCAAACCCCAGGAUUCCCGCAGAAUAAAGCUUAGGUUUGAACAAAUGAG